UUGUAAAUAUUCCGUUCCAAUUGCAUUGCAUUUCGGUUACAUGGCGUUUAGCAGACGCUUUUAUCGGACGCAUGCAGCGGUGUGUUUAUGAUUAACACGUUUUAUCUUACAAGUGUACCAUCAGUUUCCCGUCUCUUCGCUAUAGUCCACUUGAGGUCAAACAUAAACUCUUCGUGCUGCACACUGCCGUAGUCGCCUUACCUUCUUUCUCUCCUCGCCAUCGUGACCAGACGUUGACGGUUCAAGAUGAGGCGCGACCACCACAACACCAGCAAGCGGAAAGCCACUACGCCAAAGCGUCGGCCCCAACAGCGACCACCAUCCGCGUCUCCCGUGCCGGGUCCAUCGACUUCAGCUGGGCAUCAGCAGAGGCGCGUCAGUGCGCCACAGUCUCCACGCAAGAAAAAGUUUCGUCCUGGCACAAAGGCCUUGAUGGAAAUCAGAAAAUAUCAGAAAAGCACAGACCUCCUCCUUCGGAAGGCCCCAUUUGCUCGGCUUGUACGGGAGAUUAGUCGGAGUUUCAUCACAGAAAACUACAUGUGGCAAGUCACCGCCUUGUUGGCUCUUCAGGAGGCUGCGGAGGCUUUUCUAGUCCGCUUGUUUUCUGACGCUAACCUCUGUGCAAUACAUGCUAAGCGUGUCACCCUGUUCCCGAGAGACAUCCAGCUGGCCAGACGGAUCCGAGGAACGGAAAAUCUCUGACUUCAUAUUCCAAAGAGGAGAAUUUGUACAUAUAUAUAUAUAUAUACACAUUGUACAUUUUAUUGCUCAUUUUUCAGUUUUUUUAUGGUACAGUUAGAUGUUGAAUUGUUAGGAAAACGUGUUUUAAGUGAAAUAUUUCCAGGCGAGCAAUUUUAGCUAGUUUUUCUUUUGUA